AUCCUCUCUAAAUUCCUAAAAUCUCAUGUAUUCCCAUAUUUGUAGCUAUAACACAAACUCUCUCUUUGUAUCUCUGUAUCUCAACCUUUCUGUUCUUGCUAUUUUCUUUAUUAUUAUUUUUAUAUUAUUUCUGAUAGCAUUUUAUUUUACAAAACUAGAUUAAUUUCCAAUAGGCUCCUAUGGGUUAACAAAACAAAAAUUAUCAAAUGACUGAACACAAGGAUUCAACCUUUCUAUCUUUUCACCCGGGAAUAUAUUUCCAAAACCACAGAAUAUUUCAACAGAUAAAAUGAAAUGCAUUUGCAUUUCAUAAGCUGAAAGGAACAUCAAAGGGGUCAGAUUUCUACAGCUUCAAGGAUCAGUUUUUAUAAUUUCUCCUGACAAUUAUUGAGUUUUCUAAGGUUUUUGCAGAUAAAUGGGGAUUGAGAGAAAAAAGGGGUUUUAGGGUUUGAAGAAAUUCAAUUCAUUGAUUCAAAGUUGUUCCUCUCUUUCUGCACAAGAGAGGAACCCUCUGCAGAAUUCUGAUCAGAGAUUGAAGAAAUUUUCAUUGAUUGCAAGAGCAUUUGUUUCCAGGAAAUGGGUUCAAUCUCUGGGGAAGAAUCAGCAAAUAAGUCUCAAUCAAAUGACAAUGGUUUAAAUGCAAAUGAAGAGAAGAUCUUUGUUGCUAUCAGGUUGAGACCUCUGAAUGAGAGAGAGCUUUCAAAGCAUGAUGUCUCAGACUGGGAAUGCUUCAAUAACACCACUGUCUUGUUUAAGGAUAAUCUGGGCGAACGUUCAUUGCUUCCCACAGCAUAUCAAUUUGACAGGGUAUUUGGGUGGGAUUGCUCCACAAGGCAAGUUUAUGAAGAAGCUGCAAAAAACAUAGCUCUUACCGUCCUAACUGGGUUUAACUCAAGUAUCUUUGCCUAUGGGCAGACAAGCAGUGGAAAGACAUACACCAUGUUUGGGAUUACUCAACUCGCAAUGGCUGAUAUCUUUGACUAUAUAAACAAGCAUGAAGAGAGACGAUUUACCCUGAAGUUCUCUGCUUUGGAGAUCUACAAUGAGUCUGUGAGGGACCUCCUAAGCUUGGAUACUACUCCACUCAGACUUCUUGAUGAUCCAGAGAAAGGAACUGUUGUUGAGAGGCUUACGGAGGUGACAGUGAGAGAUUGGAGGCAUAUAAUAGAACUUCUGUCCAUCUGUGAAGCACAAAGACGAAUAGCAGAAACCUCUAUGAACGAAAUGAGCUCAAGGUCUCACCAGAUUCUGCGGCUGACAGUUGAAAGUAGUGCCACCCAACCUUUUCGUUCUCAGAACAAUAGCAUUUUAUCAGCUUCAGUGGAUUUUGUUGAUCUUGCAGGAAGUGAGCGUGCUUCACAAACAUUUCUAGUGAACACACGAAUCAAAGAAGGUAGCCACAUAAACCGGAGUUUGCUGGCCCUAGGAACAUGUAUUCGUAAACUAAGCAAAGGAAGAAAUGGGCAUAUUCCAUAUAGAGACUCCAAGCUAACACGUAUACUGCAGAAUUCGCUAGGAGGGAAUGCUAGAACUGCGAUUAUCUGCACCAUGAGCCCUGCACACAGCCAGGCCGAGCAGUCAAGAAACACUCUCAUGUUCGCGACCUGUGCCAAACAAGUUUCUACCAAUGCACAUGUUAAUACGGUGAUGACAGAUAAAGCAAUGGUGAGGCAAUUGCAGAGUGAAGUGGAAAGACUGGAAACUGAACUGAGGAACUUAGCUGCAAAUACCUCGCCAGCAAUGAAGGAGAAGGAAGCUCUUAUAGAAAAGGUAGGGGUUUCAAGAUUCAGAUUUAAGAUGGAUAAAGAAAUCAGGGAGUUGAUGCAACAGCGAGACACAGCUCAAACUUGGAUUCAGGAUCUGUUACAUUCAAGACCAUGGGCUGAAAUGUCUGAAGCUUCAGAAACUCCAGACUAUCAGUCAGUAUCAGAAUCUCCAGAGAUGGUUGGUUCUUUUAUUUCAGAUAUUACAUCUGGAAUAUCACAUUUUACAGACUCAUUUGAUGAUAGUUUUGCUGAGCUGCCUGAUGACCUCUUUCUCUCGGGCAGCACAUCUCCAAAUCUUGAUAAGUAUUUUGGUCCCGACCCAUGUAAGGGUUGGGAGAAUACUGGCCAUGAACAUCAUCAGAGUUUCGAUGAUAAUUGGAAGGAAGUUAAAUGCAUUGAAACAGAUCCUAACACAAGCACCAUGGGUUCCUAUGAAGCAUCACCCCCUGAAGAGGGGCAUCAGAAGUGUGUGGAGGCAAUGCCACUAUCUCCUAGAGAUGAAACAGACAAUGUAAAUGUGGAGGCAAGGCAACUAUCUCCUAGAGAUGAAACAGGCAAUGUAAAUGUGGAGGCAAUGCCACUAUCUCCUAGAGAUGAAAAAGACAAUGUAAAUGUGGAGGCAACAAAUGAACCUAAAGAGGAUUUUCAAAAAAAUGAACCUAAAGAGGACUUCAAUGCAAGACAGGAAGAAUGUAGCGGAAGACAGGAAGAACGUGAUGAGACAACUCAGUUAAUGGGUGAUACUACAGCAAGUGAACCAUGUUUUACUACAUUACUAAACGAAGAUGCUAAGACUAUGCUUGAAAAGAAACUUUGCAGUGGUACAAAAGAUGCCAAACCUAACUCAGAAAAGCAACUUUACCAAUUGCUAUAUGAAGCAGAAGAAAUACACAAGGAAUUCUUUGCACAAGUAGCAGGUGAGGGUCUAGCAGUAGCAACUGUUUCCCACCAAACUCCUUCCUACGGGUCAAUAGAAUUUGAGAUGAAGAUGAAAGAAGUAUUUGAGCUUUGGGAUGAAUGCUAUGCACCACUGGUCCAUAGAACCUAUUUCUUCCUUCUCUUUAAAGGAGAUCCCUCAGAUUUGGUCUAUAUGGAGGUGGAGCUCAGACGUCUACAUUUUCUCAAGAAUAAAUGGUCUCAGGGAGCUGAAGUUAUCACAGAUGGUCAAGUUUUAACAAAGCCAGAGAGCAUUAAAACACUCAAGGCGGAGAGGAAGAUGUUGAGCAGGCAGAUGCGAAAGAAGUUAGGAAGAAAGGAGAGAGAGGCAUUGUUCCAGAAAUGGGGUGUUGAUGUAAAAACAUAUCAUAGAAGACGCCAACUAAGUGAAAUGCUAUGGAAGGACACAAAAGAUAUGGAGCAUAUCCAGGAAAGUGCAACCCUUGUUGCAAAACUAGUUGGACUCGUAGAGCCAAGUGAGGCCCCCAAGGAAAUGUUUGGACUCAGCUUUGCACUUCAACCUAAGAAACAUCGCAAGACUUUAUUGAGCUAUGGCGCGUCAUGGCUAAUUGGAAGCAAGGAAUGAUAUGAAAUUAUAGAAAACUGGGGGCACAACUUCAAUGUACAGGCUAAAAUACUAUCCCUUACUGAACAACUGUUUUCAUACUAGCAAAAUGCUGAGAAAUCUCCACAAGCUCUGUACAGUCAAUAGUCUAGUUUUUUCAUAAAAAGUAAUACUACACGUACUCCCAUUUUCUACUCAAUUUUUUACUCCCUCAAUAUGUGACAUGUUCUAAUUCAUUGGGCCACAGUUUUUAUUCA